AUGGAUUUUGUGUCCACUCUUUUGGUCCGGGCCCGCUGGCUCACCAGAAGGCACCGCGUUGUCACUGCUUUGUGUCUUGCAUCCCUGGUUGCUGUGAUCUUCCUACUCACCCUAAGCUUGGAGUGGACGCCCGAGUCGCUGGCGGCCUUGGUCUCCGUCAAGCCUCCCGAUGACUCUUGUCGCUGGCUCCCUGGUUUUGUGUGUGAUUGGCGCAAGCAGCAAUCCUCAACUUCCUCAACUCCAUAUGACCCAAAGGUCUCUAAACCGUCUAGUACGCCGAAAUCUUCGGCUUUGCCCGAGUCAGAUAAGAAGAAGCUCGAGUUUAUUCGUUCCUACUACACGAAACUGAAGGCCAACAAGCAGAAGUUGGAGAUUGGUCAAAAAUUUUACGAUAGCAUCUUGACCACUGUGAGAAAGGCAAAGCCGGAUUCAGUCUUGGCCCAAGACUAUCCCGUCGAGAAGCUCGACUCCAAGAGAUAUGAGUUGCGUGAUACAUCUAUUCCCACCUACUCCAAGACCUUUUUGUCCGGCUUCCUCAAGCUCUCAGAUAAGGAAUUCAACGAUCUCAAAGCCUCCCACGACUACGUCAUUGACAAGCUCCCACAGCAGGCUCCUCUGGGCUUGUACUCGGGUGAUGGUAUCGUCUACGUCGGUGGAGGCAAGUUCAAUUGGUUGACAUUGCUCUCCAUCCGCGCUUUAAGAGCAGAAGGUUGCUUGCUACCCAUCGAAAUCUUGAUCCCCACCAUCGAUGAAUACGAACUCGAGCUAUGUUCGAGGGUAUUCCCUGCGAUGAAUGCUCGCUGUAUCUACCUCCCCAUGCAAUUUAGAGGCGAGCAACUGUCGGCAACAAAGUUGGAGUUCAGUGGGUACCAAUACAAGUGUUUGGCCAUCUUGCUCUCAAGCUUCGAGAACGUCUUGUUAUUGGACAGUGAUAAUGUAGCGGCAUAUGCACCAGAUCAUCUAUUCAAAAAGGAGCCUUUCGUUUCCAGUGGUCUCAUCGUCUGGCCCGACUUCUGGAAGAGAUCCACUUCACCCGACUAUUUCAAGAUCGCAAACGUGAAGCUAAGUCAGACUGAGUUGCUUCCUCGGUAUGAUGAAGUUUACGGUGAAUAUCAUCCACAGACAUAUCAGGAGCCACUAGAUCUUGAUAACACACCAUUGCAUGAGAGAGUAGGUGCGAUCCCCGAGCCUUCCUCUGAAUCUGGUCAGCUCAUGAUAUCCAAGAAGACUCAUAUGAGGGAGCUUCUUUUAGCACUUUACUACAACUACUAUGGGCCUUCUCAUUAUUAUCCCCUUUUCUCGCAAGGGGCGCAAGGAGAAGGUGACAAGGAAACCUUUUUGGCCGCCACUGUUGUCACAAAAGGAAGCUUCUAUCAAGUUGGAAAAUUCUUGGAUGCCCUUGGAAACGUUCGUAAUGAUGCUUUUAAUGGCAAUGGUAUGGGCCAGUUCGAUCCGGUCGAGGACCUUGCCUGGCAAAAAAAGAAGGAAAAGCUUCGUACAGAGUUUUCGGGCGACGCUUACUACGAAGAAGUGAAGAAGCUCCAAAAACCAAAAAUGCUUUUCGUUCACGCGAACGUCCCAAAGUUGAAUCCAUGGUCUAUGAAAAAUGAACACGAUACGGUCGAUGAGGAUGGUAACAGAUAUCGUCUUUACGGCCUCGGAAUGAGGGAGAGAACCGGAGCAGAUUUUGAGGGACUCGUCUGGGGUCACAUGGACACUCUUCUAUGUGAACUCAACCUCAACAUUAAUGCAUUCAAGGAGAUAGACCGCAAGGCUCUUUGCACUGAAAUCAAGACACACAGAGAGUGGUUGAAAUCAACAGAGCAUACUCUUGAGUAG